AUGCGGCUACAAUCUCUGCUUCUUCUCGGAACUGGAUUCACAACCGCCGGCACGCCUCACACGAAGUUAGUGCUCGAAACCAACAUCAGUACCUUCGUCAGUGUGGGGAGUCGCACACAGCGAGUCCUUACGAAACAGAAUCGGGCCAUCGUUUCUUCCAUCCCUGACCCGCUUACAGCCUGCUCCGGACAGGUCUUACCCAUAACCUGCUUCUCUCUCUACACGCAAAGCAGCUCAUACAACGUCAUCGAAGGUCCCGGAUCAAGCCAUGUAGAGCCAAGCUCGAGCAGAGUAUCCAGUACGACAAGCGCCACCACAAGUGGAAGCUCCACUUCCACUGCCCCCUCCACCGCCCCCUUCACACCCCCCACCGACCCCAUCGAACGACAGCGCGUGUGCUUCACAGGCACCGCCUGCAGCCCGCUCUUCAGCAGCUUGACAACGCUGUGGAAGGGUGUCCACGCCGACAAGCCCAUAUACGAGCAGGACAAGGAAUUUGCGACUGUCUACUGCGAAUUAGAGAACCUCAAAAUUUUUACAGACGCUUCGUCUAGCGUGAUUUGGGACUGCCGUGUAUGCUCCGAAGCCAAUUCCCGCGCGACCGAGCUAUGGGACACGUUCUUGCAGGAGUUGAGAGGGUUCUGCAAAUCACCCGCACGCUCAGUGUACACGCUGUCCAAGCAGAUACUGGGGUUCAAGAAGGACAUGGUGCUGGAUCCGCUGGGCAUGGAGCCCGCGGGUUUCGAUCCCAUUGUCCAGCAUAUGGUCGAGGCAUGGGAAAAGCAGGGUGUGAAUGGGAUGGCUUCGUAUACCAGUAGCCCGACCGGGACCAAGACACAGAGCGGCGCGGCUGGUGUGUUAACGCAGCUGCCUCGUGCAUGGCCAUACACCAGAGCGGCAGUUGCGCGGAGGCCGGGUAUGACGGCGAGGUUCACGGUCACAGCAAAGAACGGGGAAGCCCAAGUGGUGGUGGUGGAAAGCAUGGUGUGGUGA